AUGGUGGACAUGACCGAGUUGCGCGUGAGCGAGAACUUCCCGCGUGUCCCCAAGCCCUGCGAGAGCGUGGCGACCAAGUUCUUCGCGUGCUUCUACGAGCACGGCAAGCAGCCAGACGGAGUGUCGGACACGGAGGUGGGCAACGUCGCGCUGGACCGAUGCAGAGACGCGUUGCUGGCGUACAAUCGCUGCGUGGACGUUGAGGUGGCCAAAGACCCGAAAGAGUUUUUCCGUGUACCGGAAGCGUACCGUAUGCGCGAGUAG